CCAGUUUUUUUCUAGAACACGUCGAAAGCUGCCGUCUCGUCCCGUCGCGUAAGCAUCUGUGUCACUCUAGACAGUGUUUACAUCGUGUCAUUCGUGUCAUCGACCUGAACCGGCGUCAAUCGGCACUCGCUCUCGUGAAGGGAGCCCAUCCACGCCCAUUCCUGCGCAUCUAGGCCAACCGUUCGUUUCGUUCGCCGCUGUCAACACUACCAAUUUGGAUCGAAACUCGGGCUUCGUGAGUCAUAAUGGCUACGGGUCAGCGCCCAGCGCGCUACACUUUAAGUGGCUUUUCGUGCGAGUACGACUGGAGGCCAACUGAGUUCGAAGAGUCCGUCGACGUCGACAAAAUCUGCGCGUCGUGUCUGGUGUUGCCGAGGGGAACGGCGCAGUUGGGCUGCUCGCAUGUGCUUUGCGAGCAGUGCUACAUGGCGUCGCUCGAAAGCGGCCAGCGCUGCCCGAUCGACGACGCAGCCUAUGCCGAAGGUGAGGUCAAGUGGCUCUCCACACAGCCGCAGGAACUGGAAAGCAUGCGGGUCAAGUGCUGGAACGCAAAGCACGGCUGUCCUUUCGUGGUGACGCUAAGUGAUCUCCCGGCUCACUACUACCACAAGUGUCGAUUCCACACCGUCUCCUGCGAUCGCUGUCUCUCCGAAGUACCGAGGUCCAGCAUGCGCGAUCACCGAAAUGUUUGCGCUAACCGUGACGACGGCCUGCAAUCUCAAGAAGGCGGCGGAGUGACGGCGGCUGAGGCGUCUGGCGUCUUGAAGCCGGCCGGCGACUCCGAAAAGCUUCCCGGACUCUCUCUCACCGAGGUCGCCGACUUCCAGUAUAGCCUCGAGACCAAACUGAACUCGCUCGUCGAGCAUAUUCACGGCAGGGAAGCCACCGGCGUCUCCAAGUCUGAGUUAAUUACCGCAGCAGUCAGCCUCCUGCGUUCCGUCGGUCUGCUAUCCCUCUCGGCAACGUGGAGACCACAGGGGCUAGCCGUCGUGGUCAGCAGGGUUCGCUACUUCGCCAGACAGGUUCCGGAGUACGCGGAGGAGGUGUACAGCGCGCUGUCGAACGUCUGCGGCUACUCCUUGAGGCUCGGGGUCCGCUGCGAGCGCAAGCUGGUGUCUCCGACAACAUCCUCCAGCGACAAAGACAAGGAGGACCUCGUGCUGAGGUUCAAGGUCCAGCUCUGUCCAGCUGCCAACAACUCGGCGCUGCAAUGGCCCUUUCGCAAGUCUCUGACGCUCUCGGUUAUUCAUCCGCAAGAUUCGACCAAGGAGGUCCGCUUCUUCCUCAACACAUCCAUGAUGGCAAGCGAGCCUUCUUUCCAGAUGCCUGGUCGCACGGAGAACCCUCCUUUUACUGUUGGUGGUCCACUUCAUGUUAGUGCACUAGCGGGAUGCCAGUACUGGAGCUACGGUACCCUGCAACUGCGGCUAAGUAUGUCUCUUUCAUCUGGUGGCCAACAUGAAGAAAGCAAUGACUGAGACAGGUUCCAGCUGCAAUGUGCUUGGUUGACCAAGUAUGAGAGACCUGCUCUUUCGUUUGUAUUUCUCUUAAACACUGGAUCUCACAUUUAGCAGUGUAAAACAGAGCAAGUGAUGACAGUGAAAGAUAAUGACAUGACUGCACAGAUGCAUGUCUUGCAAAAUGUGUUUAUUUCCCGUGACUUCUUUUUUUUUUUUUUUUUUGCUGUAAUGAAUCAACUCGCCCUGGUACAAGUCUUGCUAGUCCUGAGUCUACCAACAUGGGUCAUCGCUAUGAAGUUCUGUUCUUAUGAUAUCCGGAUCCAUGAAUGUGAUGUCACUUUGGAAACUUCUUUGUUGUUACAAGUUGCUACAGUCUUUCUUUAACCCAAAGGCUGUCAGGCUGCCCCAAGCAAAGCCCUUUCUACAGCACAAUUUGAUUAAAUUGAUCUUCUGUUAUGGUCACUGUUACCACAAUGAGCGGUGACCAGCAUUAACUCCUUAUAAAGUCACCAUUCACUACAUUGAACAACUGUGAUGAGCAUAAAAAUGAAGUUACAGAGUUUGAUUGCCAUUCAAGGAAAAAUAGUUCCUUUAUUGUAGCUGUCUGUGCUUUCAUAAGUAAAUUGUUUGGAUAAUUUAUUUAAAUGAAAACGAUGAAGAUCCUGUCUUACCAUUUGUGCAUCUUGAAUGCCAAACUACCACAGCUAGCAAAGUUCACUUCCUAACUAGUAUAACUUGCCCACCUGAGAAAGGCUACACUGUAAAAAGACGUUUGUGGAUGUAAUCCUGUAGGAACAACAAUGUUUCUAUUGAUUUUCUACUUGCUACCAACAGUCGAGAAUGCCGACAUGCAAUGGCAAUUCAGUGGUAGUUUCUUUUAAUCCAGCAUGUGGCAUUUCCACCAUGAUUUAAACCAAUAACAGACACUCCAUUGCACGGAGAAUGCUGUUUUUUGCACCAAGGCUAUGUAAGUGCAACUGAAAUUACAAAGCAAAAGCUAGUUCAUCCCAUCUAGCUCACAACUGACACUUCACAAACCAUCGAUAUUAACAAACAUUCCAUUCUAAUGAGAAAUCAGUUUUGUGGAGUGCGGCUGUGUCACUUUAAAAAGCAACGAAAAUUAUGCCGGUCCAGCAUGCACGAGUUAUGACUUAGGCCAUAAGUGAACAAUUUGUUACAUGGAGGCUAUUUCAUAGAGCAGUAUGAUGAAUGCUGAACUGAAAUUGUAGAGUGGAGGCAAUGAGAGUGCUUUCAUACCAUGCAGGGACAUUUUACUGAGAUAUUUCAAGAAGUUUCCAAGACUGUUGAAGUAAAAUCACGAAACUAAAGAAAAGAGCUCAAAGCAGCAUGAAAAGUUUUUUUUACUUGACGUGUAAGUGGUAUGUUGUUGUUCAAAGGAUUCUUUCUUUUUGCGCAGCAGAACCAUCUCAAUACUUUUCUUUCAGUCUAACGGCAACAUUGCUGUGGCUCGGGCCAUAAAUGGACAUUCCAUGGAGUUGAGAAUGCCAUUCUUCACAGCAACACUGCGAUAGCUGAAUCCAAAUUACUGAGUUGUAGCAAAAAGUCGUUUUAAGACCAGUCUAUGACAUUCCUUGUCUUUUUUAAAUGGGCAUUCUUUUGAGAGGAGAAUGUCUUUUGGAGCUGUACCAUGACGGUUCAUAUAAAAUCACAUAAUGAAAGAGGUGAGCUUUUUCAGACGAGCUUGCUACAUUUUCCUUGUCUUGGACCACUGACACAUAUUUCAGCAUGGUGGAAUGCUGGGCAAAUGGUAUUCAUUUAUAGUGGAAGUGCAAAAGGAAACACUGCCAGAAAGAUAAAAAAAAGAUGUAGCCAUAGAUUAUGCACAUUUCCUUCUGCAUUCUAACUAUAUGCAGUUAUCUUGCUGGAUACAGAAUGAUUUGGGAUCAGUAAGUUUAAGCACAAGGGCUCCAUAAGUUUAAGUAAAGCACUAGCAUUCAUUUACAUGUAUAGGGUUAUAUUUGAGGAUGUGACAAAGAAUUUAGGCAGUUGUCUCAAUGUUUGUACAGUGUGUCGGUUGCAAGUGUGGCUGCUUCAGUCAUGACUUCCUCAGAGCUAACUCGUAUCCUAGCACCAAACAAAAAAUUAAAGGUUUCUACAAUGAUAACUGUUUAGGUUGAUUUAAUGUAAUUUUUUAGUGUCCCAAGUCAGAAAUUAACUAUAUUUGACAAAAUGGUUUGUGAACACUAAUUUUUAAGGAGAACAAUAUACCAUCUUGCUAUGGUUAGCAUCUUACCUCUUCAGUGAUUAAGGCACAUCUCCAGUGAAGUGUCUCUGAGAAGUAUAAAAGAAUGAAUGACUUAAGUUAUGAAGAAUUACAUUUAGGCACAGUACUAACUACGGAGUUAGAUACAGAAUUGACAGUUAUAAAACUUGUAGCAUGUAUCAUAGCCUACAUUGUUCGAAUAAACCUCAUAAUAGAGGAUAAUGUCAACAAGAACUGUGUUAAAUGUAGUAGGUUUAGUCCCAAUUAAAUCUUUUGAAAUAGGAUGGGCCCUCGUCCUUUGAUUUUAUAUGGCUACAGGUAGCUUAGUUCUGCACGAGCUAUAAGUACAUUCUGCAGAUUUUUUUUCUUUUCUGAUGCAUGGCAUUACACCGUCACUGUCCUCUUCUUAAAAGGUUUCCAUCUUUUUUGCUAUGACCAUGUUUAACAUUCCCGUAUUAUGGGCUUUCUGUGGGCCAUUUUCAUACCAUAAGCGAAGUGUUAAACAGUUCCUGAACAUGGAAAAUCUCAGCCUUGAGUCAACAUUUCAAGAAGGAGCCAUGUUUUAGUUGUUGCUCCCCUUAUUCAGCUACUUUUAAUCACUUCACCAUUCUCCUGCGACUCCUUCGUUGUACACCAUAACUGAAGUAUUUAAGAUAGCGCAUUUUAAUUUCUGUUUUAUGAUUUCAUAUUGUCCUUGGUCUUAUCCGAGCAUAUCAUAAAAGAAGGUCUUGGCAAGCACAAUGCACAUGUGUAUAGCUUUCUUUCUUCGUAGUAGGUUAGUAGACUUCGCAUGCUUACACUAUGGAUCUAGAUAGCCUGCUGAUGAGACAGUGUGCCUCCAAUUUUGCCUUUAUUGAAGAGCCCCGUGAUAAUAGAUACUUAGUAAGUAUAUCAUGUCAACAUACCUGGCAUUUAUGUAGUUCCUAAUGUAGGUGUAUACCACACAGCAAGGUAUCGCACAUGCUUCUAGGAUUGACUUCCUUAAUGCAUAUUAUAUGUGUAAGUCCCAUAUCUUGGUUUGUUGCAGCCUACCAGUCACUUCUAUUGAAGUAAGUAAACGACUAUAAUUUCUUUAAA